AUGACUUCUUAUAAGCCGAUUCCAUGGGAUGAGCAGAUAGCUGGGCCGAUUAAUGCUUUUGUUAGCAUGUCACCAACAGAUCUUCCAAGCAGAGAAAACAUAAAAGAGCGCAGAGAGUUCGGCGCCUCGAUGAUGACCGCCGAAAAUGUAUUCCAAGAUCCAGAAAUCGUGCACAGAGAGGAAACGACUAAAGGCGCUGACGGCCACGUCGUUGAGAUGACAAUUGUGCAACAGAAGAAGAAUAAAUCAGGUCUUCGUCCUGGAAUCUUCUACAUCCAUGGCGGUGGCAUGAUCUUAGGAAAUAGAUUUCUGAUGUUAGACGGCGUAUUCCCCUGGAUCAAACAACUCGACGCAGUGCUCGUCACGCCUGAAUACAGACUCGCACCAGAACAUCAGCAUCCAACACUACUCAACGACUGCUGGACAGCAUACGAAUGGUUCUUAAAAAACACUCAAAAGCUCGGUAUUGAUCCAGAGCGUAUCAUGAUAGCUGGCCAUUCCGCUGGCGGCGGUCUGGCUGCUGGCAUAGCGUUAAUGGCACGGGACCGAAAAUCGGAGCCGAAACUACAUGCGCAGUUGCUGGUUUAUCCGAUGUUGGAUGAUAGGGUGGAGACGAUGAGUACGAAACAGUAUAUGGAUUCGAGUUUGUGGUCUGGGAAGAUGAAUAUCGCGGCUUGGGAGCUGUAUCUUGGGCCUAAGGAGCAGAGAGAGCAGAUUGACGGAUUGAAUUAUGCGGCACCGGCGAGAGGGACUGACUUGAGUGGGCUCCCUGAGACUUAUAUUGAGGUUGGUACCGGUGAUGCGUUUAGAGAUGAGGAUAUUGCGUACGCGUCGAGACUUCUCGCCUGUGGGGUGCGGACUGAGUUGCAUGUUUAUGCAGGUGCUGCACAUGGUUCAGAUGGUAUGGCUCUCGAGGCGGAGGUUACGAAAGGGAAUUUGGCGAUGAGAGCGAACUGGCUAAAGAGAGUUUUUCGGCCUGCAGCUCCGGUAACAGGAGCUUCCAAGGUGGCUGCAUUGCUGUGA